CGUCAGACACCAAAAGAAAAAUUAUUAAAGAAAUAAUAAAGACAGGUUUGAAAAGAAAUUUGUUUAUGAAGAUGAGUUUUUUCUUAGUCUUUGCUCUCGUCUCUCUCUUUCUCUCUCUACUUUUGUAGAAUUCUUAAUCAUUUUUGAGUUUGCUAGCUUUUUUUUUUUAGCUUUUUUUUUUUUCACUAAUUUGCCACCCCUCUUCCUCGGUCUGCCACUACAAUCAUCAUCUUCUUUAAUCUAUUAUCUACAAGAGACCCAGCUCCUGAUAUAUAAUUUCUCUUUCAUUUUCUUGGUAUCCCUAAGUAGAGAUGUAUAGAGAGAAGAGGGUUAUAUAGGGAGGGUUUAGAGGAAAAACCAUCUUAUUGUCUGUUAUUUCUAUGUUUGAUUGCAUGUUGAGCUCCUAGAUGGUUUUAGUGAGAGAGAGAGAGAUUGGAAAGAGAUAUAUCUGAAUUGGGUUGCAGUGUUGCUCAGACAAGCAAUCCAUGGCUAGAUAGCGACUUGGAGAAUAACCCAUCAUCAUCAUCUCUUAACGAGAUUUUGCUUUUGCUAUCCAAUGAAUGAUGCCUUUCUGUUUCUGUAAUUCACUGCCACCUGUUCAUAAACAAAGUUGUGUUUAGUUGUGUCCAAAGCUGGGAUUCUUUAUUUCUGGGGCUGCCCUUAGUUUUCUUGUUGUUUCUUCAAAGGUGCAAAGUGGGCACUUGUAGAAGGGUUAAAUUGGUAGAAAGAUAUCAAACAAAAACAAAGAAACCGUUUCUUGUUUUUUUUCUUCUUGGAGUUUUCUUGUUCACAGGCAUGUUCCCAGUAGCCAUGUCCAAUUCAACUGCUUUGUCUGAGGAUGCUAGUGUUUCUACCGGUAAUAGAGUUCAGGAUUUUUGUGGCUUAAAUCCAGUAGUUUCCACUGUUUCUCCUCAGCAGCAGCAGCAGCAGCAGCAGCAACCCAAGAUAAAGAAGAAGAGAAGCCUACCAGGAAAUCCAGACCCAGAUGCUGAAGUGAUAGCAUUAUCUCCAAAGACCUUACUAGCUACCAAUAGAUUUGUGUGUGAGAUCUGCAACAAAGGGUUUCAGAGAGAUCAGAAUCUUCAACUUCACAGGAGAGGACACAACCUUCCAUGGAAGCUGAAGCAACGAAACAGUAAAGAGAUAAAAAAGAGAGCCUAUGUUUGCCCUGAGCCAUCGUGUGUUCACCACCAUCCUUCAAGGGCUUUGGGUGACCUCACGGGUAUCAAGAAACACUAUUGCAGAAAACAUGGAGAGAAGAAAUGGAAGUGCGAAAAGUGUUCAAAGAUCUAUGCUGUUCAAUCAGAUUGGAAGGCUCACUCUAAAACCUGUGGAACUAGAGAGUAUAGAUGUGACUGUGGAACCCUUUUCUCCAGGAAGGAUAGCUUCAUAACUCACAGGGCAUUUUGUGACGCGUUAGCAGAAGAAAGUGCAAGACUCUCAGCUCACCAAUUAGUUACCACAAAUCCAACUGCCCAAACUCUUCUUCUGCAAAACCCACAAUCCCACAAUUCUCUCUUCCCUUUCACUACCCACCAUCAUCAUCAGCUCUCCCUCAACCCCUGGGACCCACCACCUCAUAACCCUAGCAACCCUACUCAAAACCCAGUUCAAAUCAAGCCUGAAACUCAACAUUUCCAGCUUGCACCAGUCUUCCGAGAACCGCCACCAUCGUUGCCAACCCACCAGGGUUUGAUAACCUCACCGUUCCAAAGCCUAUCAAACCCUGCCGUGUCGGCCUCAUCGAACCACCUGUCAGCCACUGCACUUCUCCAAAAGGCUGCAACUGUGGGUGCAACUCAGACAGUGGGUCCCAGUUACACGACCCAAUUGGACAUGGGCGAUUCGAGGCCGGUGAGUCAGGCCGUGGGUGACUCAGUGGGUCAAAUCCCUCGUCAGGGAUCUUACCUGGACCAUCUGGCCGCGUGGCAGAAGAAUGACCGUUUGACAAGAGACUUUCUGGGUCUGACCGGUGACGGCCACGCUGCCAAUGGCAAUGGAAACGUGGCGAAUGGGAAUGGUGGUGUUAACGUUGUCAUCAAUGUGAGGGAAAUGCUAACGUACACAGGAGGAGUAGGAUUGCAGCAAUACAGUGAGAGAGACCACACACUGUUGAAACCCCAUGGUUUUGGAUGCCCCCGACAACCUCCCCCCUCCUCGGAAGCGUGGGGUGACUGCUAAGUGCAGAAAUGGUAGAACAGUAAUUAAGUUUUUGCUUGCAAAUGUGUAAAAUGACAGAAAUACCCUCAGUUUCCUUGCCUUUAAAAAUAUGACAAGAAGAGUUGAAGAAGGAUCGAUCUUCUUGUCAUGUGACCCUCAUCUUUUAUUUUAUGCUUCAUAUAAUUACAUCGUUUGUUUCAGACA